AUGGGAUCGAAUGGCAACAAUGGGCCCGCCUAUGCCCCCGAAUGGCAGCACUUCAUCACUGAACUCGGCGAUCCUCUCCUCAUGCGCGGAGAAACUGUAGCGGAGCUAUACGAAAACUCCAAUGAAAAUAUUCAAAAACUGCUAGCUAAAUACGACUUUCCACCAACUGAUAAGUCAGUGACAACUGAGGACAUCACGCUCAAAAACGGCGUCUGGGUACGCAUCUACACGCCACCAGCGGCGGAUUUCAAUGCCACCAUGGCAGACAGCGACAGUGGGAAAGAAGAGAAGAUUACAGUAUUCAUGCACGGGGGCGGCUGGAUUAUGGGCAGCGUUGACCACGAAGACAGUGCCGUGCGGCAGCUUUGCAGAGCCGUCGGCCAUAAGAUUGUGAGCGUGGGAUACCGACUUGCUCCAAAGCACAAAUAUCCUGUUGCGUUGGACGACUGUCUGCAAGCGACACUAUGGACACUCGAGAAUUUCGCCUCUAGUGCACCCUCCGUUUCGCUGAUGGGAGGAUCCGCUGGUGCGAACCUUGCAUUCGGCGUCGCGCUGCGUCUCCUGGACUCCGGACUAGGCGAUAAAUUCAAGGGUGUGCAUGCACUUGUUCCAUGCGUCGUACAUCCUGAGGCAGUUCCCGAGCCCAAAAGGGAGCAGUUCACAGCGUACGAGGAAAAUGCAGAAGCCACGGUUAACACGCUAGCCUGUAUGCGGUGUUUUCUGGAUAGCUAUGGCCCGCCGCCAGAUGAUAUUUACUUCUCUGUUCUGUUGCAUCCGCGGAUCGGAGAUUUGAAGAGGGUUUAUAUUGUUGAGUGCGGGACGGAUACGUUGAGAGACGAUGCGAGACUUAUGAGGGAUGCGCUUAUCGAGAAGGGGGUCGAUGUGAGGUAUGAUGCGUACCCGGGGCUUCCGCAUUACUUCUGGAGUUAUCCAGCGAAGGCUCUGGAAGGGGUGUCUGGGGUAUUCCACGCGAAUAUGUAUCGGGCGCUGCAGUGGAUACAUGAGUAG